GGGGCCCAGGCGGAGCCUAGAGGGGCAGUGGGGCUGGGUCUGGGUGGCCCCACUGGCUCCGCCUCUGUCUAUCUUUGGGAAUUUAUUUCACGGGCACCACUGGCCAGUACUCCACUGCCUGCCAGCAACCAAAAGCUGUUCUGAUCACCCAGGGUUUUCCCUCCCCACCCAGACCCACCAACUAACCCCUGCCUUCUGGCCUCCGGCCCCACCUGCCCUGCUCUGUUCUUAAGGGACUGAGAAGUCUCCAAUCACUCCACUGCUAUAGCUGUGGAGACAAAUGCUGGCCUGCCCUUGACCACAGAGGCCGUGUGGGCCCCUCCUGGCCCACCAUGGCACGGCGGCUGCAGGAUGAGCUGUCAGCCUUCUUCUUUGAGUAUGACACUCCCCGGAUGGUGCUGGUGCGAAACAAGAAGGUGGGAGUCAUUUUCCGUCUGAUCCAGUUGGUGGUUCUGGUCUACGUCAUUGGGUGGGUGUUCGUCUAUGAAAAGGGAUACCAGACUUCAGGCGGCCUCAUCAGCAGUGUGUCUGUGAAGCUCAAGGGCCUGGCUGUGACCCAGCUCCAGGGCCUGGGACCCCAGGUCUGGGACGUGGCUGACUAUGUCUUCCCAGCCCAGGGUGACAGCUCCUUUGUAGUUAUGACCAAUUUCAUCGUGACCCCCCAGCAGGCUCAAGGCUAUUGUGCAGAGAACCCAGAAGGUGGCAUUUGCCAGGAGGACAAUGGGUGCACUCCGGGAAAAGCAGAAAGGAAGGCCCAAGGUAUUCGCACAGGCAAAUGCGUGCCCUUCAAUAGCACAGUGAAGACCUGUGAGAUCUUUGGCUGGUGUCCUGUGGAGGUGGAUGACAAGAUCCCAAGACCUGCUCUUCUCCGUGAGGCUGAGAACUUCACCCUCUUCAUCAAGAACAGCAUCAGCUUUCCCCGCUUCAAGGUCAACAGGCGCAACCUGGUGGAGGAGGUGAAUAACACCUACAUGAAGAAAUGCCUCUACCACAAGACCCUGCAUCCACUGUGCCCAGUCUUCAGCCUUGGAUAUGUGGUGCAAGAGUCAGGCCAGGACUUCCGCAGCCUGGCUGUGAAUGGCGGGGUGGUUGGCAUCACCAUCGACUGGGAGUGUGACCUGGAUUGGCACGUGCGGCACUGCAAACCCAUCUACCAAUUCCAUGGACUGUAUGGGGAGAAAAAUCUGUCUCCAGGCUUCAACUUCAGGUUUGCCCGGCAUUUUGUGCAGAAUGGGACAAACCGUCGUCACCUCUUCAAGGUGUUUGGGAUUCGUUUUGACAUCCUCGUGAAUGGUAAGGCCGGGAAGUUUGACAUCAUCCCUACUAUGACUACCAUUGGCUCUGGGAUUGGCAUCUUUGGAGUGGCCACAGUUCUUUGUGACCUCUUAUUGCUCCACAUCCUGCCCAAGAGGCACUACUACAAACAGAAGAAGUUCAAGUACGCCGAGGACAUGGGGCCUGGGGAGGGUGAACGUGACCCCGCGGCCACCAGCUCCACUCUGGGCCUGCAGGAGAACAUGAGGACCUCCUGACCUCAGCCUUGGGUUCUGGACUUGACUCAGUGUGUGACUUCCGGCUAGGGCUGGUGGCUUCGAGCCAGGGCAGAGACCAUUCCCAGGGGCUUUCCUACCGGACAGACACCAAGUUGCCCCCCACCCCCACCCCAGUUCAGAGUGGUGACGGGCAAGACACUGCAAUUCAGAGCUCUGGGUCCAAUUCCACACGUCCCCUCCUGAGGGAUGCCCCCUCCAGUUUCAGCCACUCUGGGUCUAUAUGGUUGGGCUCCUCAUACACCUAUACCCUAGCUUUGUGACAACGUCUCAGGCUUUCACUGUCCAUCCCAGGGCUUCACCUGCCUAGAUUUGUGCUCUUCCACAUGGAAGCCACUAGCCAGAUGUGACAAUUUGAACUUAAAUUAAUUAAAAUAUAAUAAAAAAUAUGCCUCAGUUGACCUAGCUAAGUGGACACAUGUGGCCCACGACUAUCAAACUGGACAGCAGAGGAUGCUUUCCAUUGAAAGAUGUUCCAAAGGAAUUCCCCAGGAGGCUCAGCAACAGUGCAGGUGCCGGGCACACAUCCCACCUAAAAACAGAGACACAGGCCACUUUGUGCCUGAGGCUUAAGAAUGGCUCUCCCGGAACUUUCUGGCUCUUAAGCUCCUAUCCAGGCUUGGGUCAGCACCAAUUGGCAGGUGUAGGCACUGAGCAGGGUCUCAAACACCCCCAGCAAGUGUGUAGUGUGCCACACAGGAAUUCACAAGCCCCCAGGUGCACACGCCCCCUGUACAUACAACUCUCCGCCCCCGCUGUGGAUUGGAACAGCUUGGGUACUGCAAGUGCAGCCAUCUGAACACACCUACACCCCCAGGCAGGGACACAUGGUCUCCAUACAGUGUCACCCCCAUGGGACAAUGCUCCUUACUGGGGGAGUCAGGCCAGGACAGCCCUGCCAGUCACAGAACCUUACUCAGCUACCUCGGGUGGAGGUGUAAGCCUGGUGAAUCCUGGCUCCUUGCCUGUGGCCCAGACCCAGCUUCCACAGCUUGCCCGGCUUGGUUGGAACAUGAAGGCUGAGGAGGCAAGGGGUGGGGCACAAUAAAAAAAGAAAUGAGGACAAA